UGGAGCGCGGAGGGAAGAGACUUCAAGAGCAAGAAGCAGGUCAGGAUCCUUCCCGGAUGCUCUGCAACAAUGGAGGAGGAUAAAGAGCGGUGCAAAAGGCAAUGGAGUCCCAGGAGCUACUUUAUGGGUGCUGCCUCCAGCAGCCUUUCCACCCUGGCAACCUUCCCCAUCUACAAGACCAUCUUCCGCCAGCAACUGCAUGCCUUCUGCAUCACUGAAGCGGUUCACCAGCUGCGCCGUGAAGGCUUCUGCCAAAUCUACCGGGGUGUCUUUCCACCACUUAUGGCCAAGACGCUGCAAGGAACAUUGAUGUUUGGCACCUAUAACAGCUUCUACGGCUUCCUCUCGAAUCAGCCUUUGGGGCCCUGCUCCCAGAGGGCCAUAGCCGGGCUGUUUGCUGGCUUCUUGGAAGCCUUGGUUUUCUGUCCCUUCGAGAGGGUUCAGAACGUGCUCCAGGACGGGAGGAAGGUCCAGAGGUUCCCCACCACAAGGCACAUCCUGACGACCUUCCAUUCCUACACUCUCAGGGAGAGCUUCAGCCUGGGCUUCUACCGAGGCCUCGGGCUCAUCCUGAUCCGCAACGGCCUGGGGAGCUCCCUCUAUUUUGCCUUGGAAGAGCCUCUCCGGAGCAGCCUCUCCCAGCGGGGUUUGCCUGAAGGAGUCCCAGCCUUUCUAUCGGGCAGUAUUAGUGGCACUGCGGUGUGCCUGCUGUUGUACCCGCUUGGCAUCCUCAUUGCCAACGUGCAGUCCCAGGUGGGGAGGCAGGAAACCCUUGGCCUCUUGGCCACGACGACUGACAUCUGGCAGGCUCGGGGAAGGAAAGCCUGGCUGCUGUAUAGGGGCGGGUCACUCCUCAUUCUCCGAUCAAGCCUCACGUGGGGACUCACAACUGCCAUCUACCACUUCUUGUCCAAGGUCACAAACUAAGGGCUGAUUGGCUUGAACUGGGCACCCUAGCAGCAGCUGGGGCUAGGAGGCCCUCAGCAUCUGUAGACCAACCUACAAAACAUGGCAUAAAUGGAGACAGUGACACAAGAAGGAAAGGAAAAUUGCCCCACAUGAAUUGGGAGGGGAGCCAAAUAGUAUCAGGCUGGAGAGAGAGGAACGCAGAGCAAACUCAGAAUCGGAGACUUUCUAGAAAUCUGAAGUGGGAACCCACGGUGGCUCAGGUUGCAAGCACAUCUGGACCAACUUGAUUCCAUCUGAGCUGCAGAAAGCCGCCCUCUGCCCUAAACUGGAUCAGCAGUGGGCCAACACAAAACAUCUUUUACUUUCCAGCAGGGUGAGUUGGGCCUAAAGGGAGAGGCUCCAUCUGCAUUUCAGAUGAGGGGAUUCGUGUUUCCUGUUUGUACAUGCAUAUUGGAACCUUAAGCUGCAAGCUGAACAUCAUAGGGGAAUUAAGUCCCAUUAAAUAUGCUGGGGUGCCUUAUUUGUAACCCUAAAUCUGAUUUGUGAAUUAAGCUCUGGCUUAAUUAUUGAAAACAUGUG